GUGGGGGCGCUCGGCUCAGCCAUGUUCGGCGCGCAGCAGGGCCGUUCCGCCGGCGGCGAGCUGGGCGGGCAGCGCAGUUCUGCGCAGCAUCCACAGUGUUGGCAUCAAGAGCAGAAAUGUAGAAGUUGGAAUGAUUCCAGUUCUUUGACAUUUGACAAAUAUCAAUAUGGCCAUUUAGACCACUGGCUGGAGAGCUCUAUAACACCAGGAGAUUCUAGGCCUCUUUCUAGUUGUCCCAACUGGGAAGGUGAAAUUAGAGAAGGGAAAGCAAUGAGGACAUCUACUAAAAAAAUGACAAAUUGCAUUUCAAAUGAUUCUGCUACCCCAUCUGAAAGAGAAACAGAUGAAGUGGUUCUGAGGAGAAGACAGAAACAGAUAAAUUUUGGAAAGAACACACUUGCUUAUGACAGAUAUAUUAAAGAAGUUCCAAAGAAUCAGAGAAUACCAGGAGUUCAUCCUAGAACACCAAACAAAUUUAAGAAAUACAGCCGUAGAUCCUGGGACCAGCAAAUCAGGCUGUGGAAGAUAGCACUGCAUGCAUGGGAUCCUCCUACUGAGGAAAACUGGGACCUGCAGCCGGUGAGUACAGAACCCUCAGGCAGUUCCCAAGAAUGGUUCUACAAAGAUCGUGAUGAUUCUGGCUCCACUAUAUUUGAUGAAAAGCAGUAUAGAAUUAAAUGUGAAGAUCAAUGCAGCCAGACAGACUAUACAUCAGAGAGUCCCUGUUCUCCUGAUUGUUCACCAGUAUGGAAACGCAGAAAACGAAACAAUUCUGACUCCUCUGUGGUUUCAAAGGGCAAAAACCAUUAUGUGCAUAUGUACCAUGCACUGGAAAGUCUUACAGAGUCAGGACAUCAGCAGACUUUUUCUGAGUGCUCAGAUUGGGAAAAAAUUGGUGAAAAUGAUGAAGUAAUGACAGUACAGCACAACAUAGAAAUAAAAAGUGACCCCAUUCCCACCAGUUGUUCUUCAGGAUGGAACAAUCAGAACAACACCAGCAUCUUUCUGCCUGAUAGCAAAACUUGCAGAGAGUCAGACUGCCAGCUGCAGAGGCUUAAACUUUGUAGCAGUUUAUUCAAAGGACAUCGGUCAGAGUAUCCUGAAAGGGGAUGGGGAAGUACUGAAGACAGAAUAUUGAGGAAAAAAAUUUAAAUACCAUGUCUGUCUUUGUAUAUAGAAGCAUCAAAGAAGGACUUUCUCCUGUGACAGAAAAUUAUUUGAAGAUUAGGAUAUAGUCUGAAAUCAGCAGAUCAAACCUUGGACAACUGGUGCAGUCUCCUAAGUUCUGCACUGAAAAAAGAAGAGAUUUACAGUCAGCAUUUGUGCAGUCAACACAAGGUGAAACAUGCAGGUGAAAAAACAAAAACAAAGAAAAAGCAUGCAUCCAUAAUGGAAAUUGAGAACCUUUCUGGUCUUCUGGGAUAGUCAGUUGAUACUUACCAGCUUUGCAGUUACGUGUGUAUCCUGGUGUAUCCUGUUGAAAGUAUGCUUGAUUUUCAAAGGGAAAAAAAAAAUACAACACAUCAGGAUUGUGCUAAUUAGAAUUAAAAGGAAUGUAUUUUGUGAAUUAAUAAGUGUCCAGGUGAAGAUUGAUAUAAGGGGUGGGAAGAGAGGCUCAACUUCUUAAUUUUGUCAUUUGCAAAUAAUUUAGUUCAAUGUGUUUUUACUCUGCUUUUACUGUAAGUUACAUUCUCAAAGUAUUAAUGCUGUCUUUAACUCUUUCUUUGCUGUGGACAUUAUGACUUGAUCUUUUACGCCAGGCUUUAAGUUCAGUGUGCAAUACUCAUCUGUAACAUCACAGCUUAAGAGAGUAAAUAUUUUGCCAUUAAUGACUAGAUACAUUACAUUUAUAAAAUACUGUUGUUUGUCUCUUUGUUUAGGCUUCUCCAGAUCUUUAAGGAUAGACUGUCUUCUGCAAGCUCUGCCUCGAGUGUAAAACCUCUGAUUUUAUUCAGAUUUUUCUAAGAUGAUGAUGGAUGUUCCUUAAAGCUUUUGUGAGGACAUUUCUACUUUACCUUUGUUGACAAAUGACAUGCGUCAUGUUGUAAAGGCUACUUCCAGGGAUGGGUAUUGCUGUUGCCGUUUGGAGAUCAUGCUGCUUAAAGUGAACUAACAUUUUGCUGGUGAAUUGGUCCAAUAUUGAGUCAGAGUGAAGAAUCCACCUGCUGAAUCAAGGAGUUAAACCUUGUUUUCUCUACUGAACCAGAAUUGUGUAUCCAGCCUGGAGAACUGCUUCUAAACAAUGUAGAUAAUUCCAGUUUGCUCUUCAGUUGCUAACGCGAUCAUCUUUUUGACUUAUUUUCCAUUCUCUGAGGUAAUACAUAUUAAGCUAGCAUCUGCCUAGUGUGAAGGGAGAAGGAGAGAUUAUCAGAAAUAGCAUCUUCUCUUUGAGGGGAUGAGACUGUAUAAGCAGCCAUGUGGUCUGAAUACCUGGAUUUCACUUUUGAUGUGUGUGGCCUGAAGAGCCAGUACUGCUGAAGGGAUAAGAUGAUGAGGUCAGUGGCUACUCUUGUUACAGGAAAUGAAUGAGAAGCAGCAGUAUUUGCAGGUUUGGAGCUGCUUGGGCAUGGGGUGUCCUGGCUAAACUGUGAUAAUGUUGACUCUCCCUUAUUUUACUUUUCUAUGCUGUGCGCCAAGCAUUAAAGUAAGGGCUGUGACUCCAAUGGAGUUUAGAUGAGAACUAUGUGUCAGGUAAAAUAUAUUUUCUUUACAGACUUUGUGACUUAAGUAGUGGGGUACGUACGUUUGUUAGAGCUAUUAGUUGUCUUUCUACAGUGGUUCAGCUCUGCCAUUGUUAGUUGGCUCUUCAUAAUGCCACUGCAGGAACUGUGGCCUUGAGAUGAUGCACAGUGACCUUGUGGGACUGGCCGGGUACUCCCAGGGCCAGACAUCCACUGUUCUGCUGAAGCAGCAAGCUGCUGCUUGGAAACUACUUCCAGUCCCUUCCAAAGCAUUACUUCAAACUGUUGCUUAGAUUUCUUUCAGCUGAGUUUUGUAGAACUUCUGUGCUAGUUUGAAAUUUUCAGAUACACUUCUCAUUUGUCCAGUGCAUCAAGAAAACUUGAACUGUAUACAGCAUUACUGCAGUGAGCUGGAGCAUUAGCUUGUCUUCACCAAAGCCUGUCAAGUGUAUAGAAAUUGCUACAGUGGUUAUGUUUAGCAAGUUUGCUAGUUCCCAGUGAAGAAAAGAUUGAAUAUAUAGGGGAAUGUGUGCUGCUGCUUUAACAGGAGUAUAUUAGAUUGAUGGCAUCUGCUGCUCAGUAGUAAGAAUGUCCUUAUGGCUGUGUGCUUGCCCAGACAUAGGAAGAAAGUGAGGCCUCUGGUACCUAGAAGUCAGAUUAGUCAACUUCCCACCAUUGGGGGGUGAAAGGAGGCUGCCUGCAGGUUGGUGAGGCUUGUCCCCUACAUUUCCUACAUCAUCUGGGACUCAUCCAUCUAUGCUUAUGCUUAAGGGUCAGUGGAGUCCCAGUACGAGAUAGCUCAGUCACAUACCGCAGUAUGGCAUGUGCAUACAGGGAACAAAUCUGUACAGCAUCUUCUGAAGUACUAUUUAAGAGUGAUGGUGUUCCAGCAUGCGUGCUUCCAUGUGUUUUAUGAUGACUGUAAACGUGAGAGUGAUUUUUUGUUUCUGGCAUAUUGUCUUUAUGCAGAGGAAUUAAAGUCUUUAACCUUUAAAA